GCGCGCAGUGCAUCAUGGGCCGGUGACCGGCGGACCGCUGAGUUGUGUGAUAUGAGCCUCACAUCUGUGAGGAUGUGAACGGGAUCUGAUGAUAUUAUGAUCGCCAGGAGCUGCUUUGUUUCAUAUAACAGUCAGCCUCAUAUGUGAGGGAUCCGUAGUGAUGUCCUCCAAUCCGAUACCUCAGUCCAGCGGGGGAGGAGGAAGAGGCGCCGGCCCCAGCGACGGGCUCUUCCGGAAGCCCCGGGACCCUUCGAUGGCCCCCAGACACUAUCGAACCCAGCGCUCCCUCCCGGACGUCUGCCCCAAGGAGCCCACCGGUGAAGGCCGUGGGCUCUGUGACGGGCCGUCUGUGGUGGCCGAUCAGCACCGCUGGACCGUGUAUAACUCUAAAGUGAACCUCCCCGCGGCCCUGAACGACCCCAGGCUGACCAAGAGAGAGUCCGACUUCUUCACUAAGACGUGGGGCCUGGACUUCACCGAGACCGACGUCAUGCCUUCGUUCUACUUGCCCAACAUCACCCGAGAACACUUCAGCUCCUACCUGCAGGAGACGGCUCAGAGGGAGAAGAUUCACGAGCGCUGUAAGAACGUCUGCCAGAGCAAAGACGAUCUGGCGGUGCCCACCAUCACCAAUAAUCACGAUAAAGCCAGAGCUGAGCUGGAUCAGGUGCCCAAGAUCUUCAUGAAGCCUGAGUUUGUGCUGAACGAUCCGGCCACCUUUAAUGCCGUGUUGCCGUGGUCUCACUUCAGCGUCGCCGGGGGCAAGAACAGCCGAGAUGUUGCGUCGUCACGGUUACUGCAGGAAAAGUUGAGUCACUAUCUGGACGUGGUGGAGGUGAGCAUCGCUCGGCAGAUCUCUCUUCGCUCCGAGGCCUUUUUCCACGCCAUGUCGUCUCAGCACGAGCUCCAGGACCGGCUGCGAGAGACGGCCGACUCCGUGGCUCAGCUCCGCGCUCGCACCUCCGCCAUCGACCGCGUGAUGUGCCGUGGGCCGCUGCGAGCGCUGCGCGACGCUCUCACACGCAACAACUGCGCCAAACUGCACAAUAAGCUGAAGCUGAUGGCCGCCGUGCACCAGACGCAGCCCACGGUGCAGCUACUCCUCUCCACGUCAGAGUUCGUCGGGGCGCUCGAGCUCAUCGCAACCACCAAGGAAGUUCUGCAGCAGGAACUGCAGGGAAUACACAGCUUCAGACAUUUGGGUUCUCAGCUCUGUGAGAUGGAGCGGUUGAUCGAUAAGAUGAUGGUGGCUGAUUUCUCCACAUACGCUCAAAGCGACCUCAAUCGGCCCUUUGAAGAGGACAUUCAGGUCAUGGAGAAGGUCACAGAGCAGCCGGCAGCGUCAGGAAAGGAUCGUUUGCAGUCUCUGGUCUUUGGCCUGUUGAGACAGAGGAAGCUGGAUUUCCUGGACAUUUACAGUGACGAGAUGAUCCGCGCUGCCAAGAACGUUGUACGACAGUGUGUUGGCAAGUCUGUGUCGCAGAUCAGUGAGAUUGAUGCAGACACUGUCAAAUUUCAUGAACAGAUGCGCUUGAUGACGUUUCAUCAGUGGUUUGAUCUGCUGCUGGAUAUAUUUGAACACUUCAUCCUGUUCCUCAAGAGGAUCAAGGCUACGCUCAGCGUCAUCCGUAACGUGGUGCUGGAGGUGCUGGACAGCAGCCAGAGGAGUCGGAUAGCAGACGUCCCUCCCGCAGCUGAUCAUUCCCAGGAGGACGAGGAGGAUUCGGGAGCUCAUCACGCCGGGGAGGCGGAGCUUGCGUAUCUCACUCACGAGGGGCUCUUCAUCAGCGACGCGCUGAACGAAGCGCAGGCGAGAGCACAGACGCGCACUGAGGCCUGCGGGAGCGACUCGGCCUCCGCCACCACCGAAUCCUCCUCCAGCAGGGAGCACAACUACAACACUACCUCCUCCCUGCCCGCCGGGGGCGCUGCUGCUCUGAGUGAGGACGUCAUGCCGUCCGAUCUGGAGUUGGGUCGAGUGGCCAAUAACGUUCAGGAGCUGCUGUACACGGCGUCAGACGUCAGUCACGACCGCUGCGUCAAAGUGCUCAUGACCCGAGCCAAGGACGGGUCUCUGGAGCGCUUGAGCUCGGCGGAGUUCGUGUGUUUGAGUCAGGCGGUGGAGUCGUUCGUCCAGGACACUGAGGAGGAGUGUGUCCGGCGCAGCGUGAGCCUGAGGGGGGCGCUACAGAGCCAGGCCAACCGCUUCGUGCAGCGCUUCCACGAGGAGCGCAAGACCAAGCUCAGUCUGCUGUUGGAUAACGAGCGCUGGAAGCAGGCCGAGGUCCCUGUGGAGUUCCAGGAUCUGGUGGACUCCAUCGCUGACGGACGCAUCAGUCUGCCUGAACGCAAACACGCGGCGUCGGAGGACCGGAAGCCCAGUGAGUUUCUGUGUGUCGACGGGCAGAAGUACGCUGUGGUCGGGACGGUGCUGCUGCUGAUCCGGAUGUUUCUGGAGUAUUGCCAGUGUGUAAAUGACAUUCCCUCCAUCACCACUGACAUCCUCACGCGCCUCACCGACCUGCUCAAGCACUUCAACUCGCGGAGCUGCCAGCUGGUGCUCGGGGCCGGAGCGCUACAGGUCGUGGGGCUGAAGACCAUCACCACCAGAAACCUGGCUCUGGCGUCUCGCUGUCUUCAGCUGGUGGUUCUCUACAUCCCUGUGAUCCGAGCGCACUUCGAGACCAGACUGCAGCCCAAACAGUACAGCAUACUGCGCCACUUCGACCACAUCACCAAGGACUAUAACGACCACAUCGCAGAGAUCUCUGCCAAACUAGUGGCCAUCAUGGACAGCAUGUUCGAGAAGGCUCUGUCUAAAUACGAGGUGAAGGCGCCCAUGCCGUCGGCGUGUUUGCGUAACGUGUGUAAACAGAUGGCCAAGAUGCACGAGGCCAUUCAUGAGCUCUUGCCGGAGGAGCAGACGCAGAUGCUGUUCCUACGGAUCAACGCCAGGUUUAAUCUGCACCUGAGGAGGCAGCUCGCGCGGCUGGGGGUCAGCAAUGACGGCGGGCCGCAGAACGGGCUGGUGAUGGUGGACGUGGCGUUUUACUCGGAGAACGUUCAGGCUCUGCGCUCUCUCGAGUGUUUGGACUUAAACAUGCCGGAAAUCUGGGAGCAGAAAAGGUGAUGACGGACAGCUCGUCCCGGCCAAUCAGGCCUCUCCGUCACAGUGACCUGCCCCGCCCCUGAGCCUGAGCAGGAAGUGAGGUCAGUGGGGGAACACAGACUCAGGACUCGAGCUCUAGUUUGUUUUUGAAUACCUCCGUGACACUUGAGCAGCGCCUCGUGUCCCACCGCCUCCUCUUUCCCGAUGAGAACGCACUUUUUAAGCGCCUCGAGGCUCACCUGUGAUGUAGGAGCGUCUGUACUAACGGGAUGUGCCCGGGAGGGACCGACAUUUUGUUUUUUUGUGGAGACCAAAUCAGGACAAGCUUGUGUGGUUGACCAAUCGCAGCUGGGGAUUGUGGGUAAUCUGUGUUUUGUUUGUCCUCAGUGCCUCCUUCAGCACCGCCACUACAGUGCAACUAUCCAUUCAUGUGCAAUCCAGUCCGAUUCCUAUAGUUGUGAAUAUUGCUGAAUUAUUUAAUCACUGUCAGAUGAAUCAACGAAUGAUUAUUUAUUUUAAUUGAUUUUGUUGUUGAUUGAUCAAUCAUGUUUUUCUGUGUUUUUUUGUUUGUUUUUCAAGUAAAGCUUUCAGUCGACAACGGCUGAUUGGAGAACUAGGGUUUUAAAACACAUUUUUCUGACUUGUUAUUGGUUUUUCCAUCAACAUGAUUAUGAUUUUACUCCUUGCUCUUGUUUUUCAUGUUCAGGGUCACUGAGUUUAAGUAUUAAAACUCUGAAGGGUUAAAGAUCAAGGAUUCUUGUCCAUGUUUAUCUCAUUAUUUAAAUGAUGGUGUGUCUACAGGAGAAGAUCUUCACACUCCCCAACUAAUUCAGUUAAAGCCUUUUCUCUGUUAAACAGGUUUAGAUACAAAAACUAGUCAAGAUAUUGGUUACACCCAGGACCAAAAUACCUAAUAAUGCAUAAUUAUUGAAAGUAAUGUAACAUGAAUUAUAAAACAAAGAUAAUAAUGAAUCUACAUGAAGAAUUAUUUCAUUAUAAGUAUGUUUCCUUGCAUUAACUUGACUUCCCUAAGAUCCACAGUUUUAAUGUGGCCCGCCUCUCCUCCGCUGGUGAUCUAUAAUAUAUAAAUGGAGGCCUGUGAUUGGUUGGAAUGAACGGAGAAUGUGAAUGUGUUUUCCCGAAUCAUGUGUUGUUUUGCUGUGAGCUUUUGUCAUUGACGGUGGAUUUGUGUUGGAGAGGAUCCAUGUAUUAUCUUAUUUAACACCUGUGCUGUCCGGUUCAAAAGUGCCUAACCUUUUAUUUGGUGUCGAAGACGACUUCUGGCUCAAACGGUCCAUCUGUGGGGUAGAAGUGCCUAAUCUGUGUGUGUUUCGGGCCCUCGCUGCUGCUGAUGCGGCGAACCCCAAGAAAUACACUGGUGGGGGAACUGUUGUGGCAUGCUUGACCUUUUAAAAUGUGGCACUUUUUAUUAUUAAUAAAGCCACGGUGAACAUAAA